AAACUAUUAACCUCUGCCUGAAAUUUUGAUUUUAGACCACGCUAAAUGGAACAAGGCAAACCAGCAGAUGGCCAAAAUUGAAGAGAUUGCAGAGCUCAGCGGCAUCGAGCGCUGGAAGGCGCAGCGCCUCGCUCGAAAGCUCGAUGGAGACAUUCAGCAGCUCAAGGUCGCGCUGAGCGAGCUGGACACAGUGAAGCCGAAGAAGACCACAUACACUAAGAAGGCUAACGUGUUCUUUCUUGAAAAACGCAAUGUCAUCGUCAAGAACAAGAAGAGUAAGCUGUUGUUGGUCGGAGUUGUUCACAGCGCAGGUACUCACGGUAUUCGUGAUACCCCAGGCGAGCUGAAGGGGAAAGAGAAGAAGCGACACGAUGUCGGGCUCAAGCUCCGUAAUUCCUCGCAGUAGCUCAAUAGCUUCGAGGAUGUCCAAUGUGCCUCUAGUGCUACUCCAACGACGUACAAAUUUACAUGCUGAAAAGCAAUCACUUGAAAGGACACUGGUCUCAAUCAUAACAUCAACAAAUACUACUACUACAUGUAGUAGUGCACUAUCUCCGAAGUGGGGAAUCACAAUGUUCGUCGAUGGUGUCGUGACGAUCACGCAGCAAGCUCGUGCAUUUGUUUAAACGUUUCUAGUCUACUUGCUCAACAAAAGCGCACGCGAGGCAUUACCGCUAGGUGAUAUCACCUCGUAAGUAGGGUGUCGCUGGUGGAGGAGGCGCGGUGGCGCAAUCGUCUGUUCACCGGCGAGCUCGCUAAAGACUUGUGCACGGCCGAGAGGAACUUGGCAUCUACGUACGUGGUCACGAGCUCGUGGACUUCUUGCGCUAGCAGCUCCCGUUCCUUUCGAAGUACCGCAACUUUAUCGGCGUGGGCUGUGAUGUUGAAGAGGAAAUAAACGUUUUCGACAAUGGAGCGACUUUCUUCCAGGACGCGGAUGUGCGAGUAGAGCAGCAGUGGUAAUCCAACAGCCAGUACAUACGCGUACGAGGAUCCAAGGAAGUACCAGGUUGCGAGGAUCAGCACGAGCCAGUGCACGGGGACCAAAACACUACACGCAAAUCAACAAGUUAGCGGAAUUAGUAGCAUAUUCACACUGAAGAAGAGCUCAAUUGACUUACGCAGCAGCGAAAAUCUUAAACAUAGACUUUGAUUCCACGA